CUCUCUAGAUCAUCGCAUACUCUUUUUCCUCCACCGCCUGAAACCCUAGGCUCAGCCUCCCUCUCCGCGAACUCCGGCGAAGUCGCAGCUAUCAGCCCAGCCGUGUCUCCUCCCCUCUUUUGCUCUGAUUCUGAUCGGCCGCCGUAACUCCUCUCUUCUUAUACAACUCCAACCUUCAAUACAUCUUUACCAAUCAAAUUCUUCUCUCUCACGCUAUAAAAAAAAAUGGACGACGUCGUUUUUGCGACGCGAUUGAAUGGCAGUGCGAAUGGCUGUCAAUAUUUAAAGGCUAUUUGCCCAGAUGGUGAUGAUGACCACUGGGAUGGUUUCUUUCUUGACCUUUCAUUUAUGGGCGAAUUUGACCAUGAAUGUUACAUUGAGGCUAGUUAUUGUGGUGGGAUUUUCUGUUUCAAUGCUUUUAAUGGUCGGAUUGCUCUUUGCAACCCGUUUGCUAACACCGUGAAAUUCCUUCCCCCGCCCCUCCUCGCUCCCCCUUCGUCUUAUAUCAGUUUUUAUAAUUGUGGUUUUGGCUAUGAUUUUACAUCUGACGACUACAAGGUCAUUAGAAUCUUUGAUGUUGUUAAGUACAACAUGGAAGAUCAUUAUAGUUUUUCUGGUGCCACUAGAAAAUGUGAGUUGUUUUCGUUCAAACGUAAUUCUUGGAAAGAGAUUGAGUCCGAAGGAAGUUCGUUUCUUUGCGCCGAUGGCGGUUAUGCCCUUGUGGAUUGUAGUUAUCAUUGGUUAGCUGUGAAUUCCAUUCUAGCAUUUAAUUUCAGUGAAGAAAUUUUUUCUUACAUCUCCUUACCACCAUCUUUUAAUGUAAGAUCUUUUAAUGGAGAUACUCCAGUUUGUCACGUUGUCGUAACUCCAAACUAUCGUUUAGGUGUCAUUUUCUAUAGCAGAGUUGGAGAGUCCAAGACUUUUCAGGUUUGGGAAUAUGGAAUAGAUGAAGUAUGGUCUAAAUUGUACAAUGAUGAUGCCAUUAUCAGUAAUGUUGACAAACCAUUGAACUUGAAUGGUUCAUUGAUGUAUGUUUCACGAGAAACUUCUCCGGGCUACCGUCAACUACUAGUCUAUGACUGGGUUGGGCGAACAUUGAAAGAACUCGAUAUUCAUGAUUGUGAAGAAGUGUUGGGGAUUUCUACUAUUACUACUUCAUUCCCAACUCCCAACUUGCUGGAAACGAUGCCAAUUAAGUAUGUAUGAAUUAAUCCUCUAGUCUUUUGCUUAUAUUAUCAACAUUGUAUAAUGACCAAGUUUUAAAUUUGUUCAUGCAGUGGCUUUGAAAGUGCAGAAGAAUGGAAUGCGUGUUGGGAUAGACUUCUGAAGAAAGUUGUGAAGAAAGGUUGAUAAUAUCAACAAAAACUUUGC